CAGCCCCCGGACGCCAUGGCGUCGCGAGUGGUAACGACGGUGCUCGCCGGAGCCCUCCCCGCACACCCGCGCGCUCCCCUGGCCGCGGCCGGCGGCAGCAAGUUCGUCGAGUGGACCAACCGCCCGAGCCGCCACCGCGGCAUUCGCUGCGGCGUCGCCCGUGUCUCCCGCAGCCGCCCGCACUACCCCUCCUCCCCCGCCUGGACGGCUGAGGACGGCGUUCUCGAGCUGCUCAAAACCGCGGUCGCUGCGCUCGCCAUCAUCGCCCAGAUUUCCGUGGCGCUGCCGGCGAAUGCGAUCCUCUACUCGCCGGACACGAACGUGCCGAGAACCGGGGAGCUCGCGCUGCGGAGGGCCAUCCCGGCGAACCCAAGCAUGAAGACCAUACAGGAAUCGCUGGAGGACAUCUCGUACUUGCUGAGGAUACCGCAGAGGAAGCCGUACGGCUCCAUGGAGGGGGAUGUCAAGAAGGCCAUGAAAAUAGCAUUAGACAACAAGGAUGCAAUGUUGGGAAGCAUGCCUGCAGAACUCAAGGAAAAGGGCUCCGAGCUGUACACUUCCUUGCUCGAAGGGAAGGGUGGUUUACAAUCUCUCUUGAACUAUAUCAAAGACAAGGACAAUGACAGACUUUCAGUAGCCCUUGCUUCUUCUCUUGAUACUAUUGCUGAAUUGGAGCUGUUGCAGGCACCGGGCUUAUCCUUUCUCUUACCUAAACAGUAUUUGGAUUAUCCAAGACUAACAGGAAGAGGAGUUGUUGAAUUCACAGUUGAGAAAGGUGAUGGUUCAACAUUCGUUCCAACUGCUGGUGGUGAACCCAAAAGGGUUGCUACAAUUCAGGUUGUGGUUGAUGGGUAUUCUGCCCCACUGACUGCUGGGAACUUUGCGAAAUUGGUUUUGGAGGGGGCAUAUGACGGGGUAACACUGAAAUCUGCAAACCAGGCAGUCAUUGCAGAUAGUGAGUCUGGGAAGAAAGGGUAUACUAUUCCACUAGAGGUCAUGCCUGCUGGACAAUUUGAACCAUUGUACAGAAGUCCGUUAAGUAUUCAGGAUGGAGAAUUGCCAGUCCUUCCUAUGUCUGUAUAUGGCUCCGUUGCCAUGGCACAUAGUGAGGAUUCAGAGGAAUACUCAUCACCAACCCAGUUCUUCUUCUACCUCUAUGAUAAGAGAAAUUCUGGUUUAGGAGGAAUAUCCUUUGAUGAAGGCCAAUUUUCAGUUUUCGGGUAUGCCACCACAGACGGAAGAGAUGUUCUUUCACAGAUCAAGACUGGGGAUAAAAUUCGUUCCGCCAAGCUGGUACAGGGCAGAGAACGCCUUGUGCUGCCAGCGGCAGCUUCAGCGCCGGCUCCAGAAGAUCCAGCGCCGGCUCCAGAAGAUCCAGCGCCUGCUCCAGCAGUUCCAGCGCUUGCUCCGGCAGAGGGUUGACACAAUCAUGUACAAUCGGCCCGAAACGGUCCAAACAUAUACAGCAUUCUUUCAUUGACCAGGAGACAAACCAUUUUGUAUACGAGAGCAAGUAAACUUGACCAAAGACAGUUUAUCAAAUGGAGUAUAUAUAUAGUAGAAGAAUCAUCGUACACUUAAGAUGAAAACAA